AGUCUCCAGAACAGUAGCUAAUAUCUUCAGAAUCCCCAACUCCACUACGCUACCAAAGAAACCAACAAGUGAUAGUGCAAAGUAGUAUCCUGCUUCAUUCAUCACAUUAAUACAUCUAUACCUAGGUAUUCUUCAGCUAUACUCGGGUGCUGGGAGUGGAAGCUGCAAGAUCGUGUAUAGAUAUACACUGGAGGCGGUGAGGAACCCAGGCAUCCAAUUACCGCAUUUGUGCCGCCUUCAUCGUCGCUCCAACUCCAGGUCGCCAUCUUUUUCUUUCUAUCUUCCUUCCUUCUCGCUCUCGCUCAUUCUUCUUCUUCUUCUUCUUCUUAUUCUUAUCUUAUAUAUUCAAGUCGGGAUUGUUGAUGAUCCCUUUUCCUGAGCUCCAUCGAAAAUGUCCUUGAUCUAGCUUCGUCCACUCUCUCUACCACCUAACUGUCCAUUUCCUUCUCUUUCAACCUUACCUCGCAUCUCCACGUCAUGGUGUCUCUCUGGCCUUUCAAGGGUGAAGAUAACUCCCCCGCGUCUUUUGAGAAAGCGCUCUCAACCAUCUCCACCAAAAUCACCCAGACCACCUCCCGUCUCGAUCUUCACCGCCAGCAUGCUCGCCGCUUUAAAGCUCUCUGGACCCUCUACACCACUUUCAUUUACCUUCUAUAUUCGAUCAUUUUAGCUCUGGUAUUAGGAUGGCAGAACUGGGGUGUGAAAGAAUACGCCGCGAUCGCUGGAGGUCCAGUAAUGUUAGUCCUCUCAAUCUACGUCGUUCGUGCCGGUGCAGUCAAAUACUACGACUACCGUAUUAAUAACACCCAACGAUACCUAGACCAUCUCCAGAAACAGCGAGACGAAACGAUCGAGAAGCUCAAAGUCGCUACGAGAUACAACUCCACCCAACAGCUACUAGAGAAAUACGCCGGAGACUCGCCCAAACAGUCGCGCGCAAAGGGCGGCGACGACAAGCGGAAGCCUGAAGGCAAACGCAAGCCAUCUUCCGCCCAGCCUCCAGUCCAACGCACAGGUCUUCCCCCCCCUCCGACCGCGAACAUCCGCAGACCUACCCAACAGCCACCUGCGGAAGCGCCCAGCCCGCAGCAACAGCCACCACCCCCCUAUCCUCCCCAGCAGCAAUUCCCAAAUCCUCCUACUCCUCCAUUUCCACCUCACGCCGUAGAUGAGCCUGGUUUUGCGCCCAACGCCUUCCCCGCCGCUCCUCAGUAUAUCGAACAGCCCCGAUGGUAUGACCGUUUCCUUGAUGUACUCCUCGGAGAGGACGAAACCCAGCCCAAAAACCGCAUCGUGCUGAUUUGCACCACGUGUCGGUUGGUGAAUGGUCAGGCACCACCUGGAGUGAAGUCAUUGGAAGAGUUAGGCCGCUGGCGGUGUGGCAGCUGUGGAGCAUGGAACGGUGAAGAAAGCGCGGCCAAGAAAGUGCUUGCGGAUAUCAAGGGUGAAUCUCAGUCCGUAGAGGGAGCGUGGGAGCCUGUCUCGGAUGCCGAAGCAGAACACCAGUCUUCUACUGGGGAAGCUACAGAUGACGGUGUCAUGGUUCCCAGCGAAGACGACCAAGUUGAGUCGCACAGCUCCGGUGCUGAAACCCCAAGCGAGGAGACAGAGGAGGAGCCACAGCCCGAGCCGACGACAAAAUCAAAACGCCAGACUCGGGGCCGUGGGGCACGAAAGGGGUGAAUCCCAUGUCCUUUCCUUUUUAUUCCUUACUUUGCCAGAUUUCUGUUCCUGGUUCUCCUUGUGUACCCUGUUCUCCUUGUGUAUAGUAAAGCCGUAAGGCUAUGAAGUGCGCUGUCAGUCUUUUGAUUCAUGCCUUUUUCUCCUUACCCUAGUACCUGGAGCGGAUGUGCGUCAAGUACUUUUCCAAUCUAUUCUCUUCGAGAUUGCGUGUAUACCUCCCUACCUUGCUAAACCUAUCAUCAAACCCCAAUCAUUUCGCACAGCUUCCUCCUACAACUGAGCUCCGGAGUCAUCGCUGUCUACACAAAGUCAUAAAAGGAAAAAAGAAAAAAAAGAAAACAUAGUUACUUAGCUAAAUAACAACAAAACGCUUGCUACACAAAGCAAUC